UAACCAAAGCUAACUUUCAGGAUUCUUCAGAGAGGCGGGCGAAGCUCGAGUCGGCUUUUUUAUUUCGAGUUUUCCGUUCCGCCUUAAAUGGUGCAGCAGUCAGUUUCGGUUUGGCGCCUCAGAUGCUUUAAAUGGUGACUGCUGUGCUGUUUAAGAUGGGUUUGGUGGUCGUGUGCUUGCUGUUAGGAGCGGUGGGAGUUUUCUCAGCCCCAGAUGCGGAUGAAAUCAAGUUUCUCCCAGGACUUCCGAAACAGCCCAGCUUCAAACAAUACUCCGGCUACUUCACUGUAGCAGGAAACAAGCACCUCCAUUACUGGUUUGUGGAGUCACAGAAAAACCCAGCCAGCAGUCCAGUGGUCCUGUGGCUGAACGGGGGACCAGGAUGCAGCUCCUUGGAUGGUUUGCUGACAGAACACGGGCCGUUUCUGAUCCAAGAUGAUGGCUCUUCUCUGGAGUAUAAUCCUUAUUCUUGGAAUAUGAUCGCCAACAUGUUAUACCUGGAGUCACCAGCAGGUGUCGGGUUUUCCUACUCUGAUGAUAAGAAGUACACAACCAAUGACACGGAGGUGUCCAUGAACAACUACCUGGCCCUCAAGGAGUUCUUCAAGGCCUUUCCAGAGUACAGUAAGAACGAGUUUUACCUCACUGGCGAGAGCUAUGGAGGCAUUUACAUCCCUACCCUGGCUGAGAGAGUUAUGGAGGACAGUAGCAUCAACCUGCAGGGCAUAGCUGUUGGAAAUGGCUUGUCCAGCUAUGAGCUGAAUGACAAUUCUCUGGUCUAUUUUGCAUAUUACCAUGGACUGCUUGGAGAAAGUUUAUGGGCCACACUGCAGCAAUAUUGUUGCAAAGAUGGAAACUGUAACUUCUAUGACAAUCCUGAUACAAACUGCUCCAGUAGCCUAUCGGAAGUGCAGAAUAUCGUCUACAACUCUGGGCUGAACAUAUAUAACCUGUAUGCUCCCUGUGCUGGAGGAGUAGGGACGAGUGUUGAAAAUGGCCAGCUCGUGAUCCGUGACCUGGGCAACAACUUUAUUAACCACAAGUGGACUACAUCUUGGAACCAGAAACUGCGAGGCAUCUCAUACCUCAAAGCAAUGAAGAUGGAUCCUCCUUGCACCAACUCCACCCCUUCUUCUCUGUACCUAAACAACCCCUACGUCAAGUCUGCUCUUCACAUCUCGCCUGAUGCGCUCGACUGGGCGAUCUGUAGUAUGGAGGUGAAUCUCAACUACAACCGUAUCUACAAGGAUAUGAAGAAGCAGUAUCUGAAGCUGCUUGGUGCACUGAAAUACCGUGUGCUGGUGUACAACGGUGAUGUGGACAUGGCUUGCAAUUUCCUUGGAGACGAGUGGUUUGUUGACUCUCUGCAGCAAAAGGUUGAAGUGAAGCGCAGGUCGUGGCUCUACUUCAACGGCCAGAAUCAGCAGGUGGGAGGAUUUGUCAAGGAGUUCACCAACCUGGCUUUCCUCACGAUCAAGGGUUCUGGUCACAUGGUCCCCACUGAUAAACCCAUAGCCGCCUACGCCAUGUUCAGCCGCUUCCUCACCAAGCAGCCCUACUAAGGUUCAACCAGGGACGUCUACGCUGUUGUCUAGUCAGAAUUUGCACUGAGUCACUGUGAAAAGCACUUGAGUUUGGCUGUGGUACAUCUCUGUCUGUGUCUAGAAUAAUCAAAAUCUAGUUAAAUGCUCUGCUAUAGCUGCAUAUUGGCUUCCAUUUUAGUCCAAGUCUUUUCUGAUCUGAUAAUUGUGGGGAAAAACUUGUAGAUCUGUUUGGCAGUAAGUGUGAGUAAGGAGUAGUUAGCAGUAAAUGACUAAGAAAGUCUUGACUGCCUAAAGCAGACACCAGAGGCUCAUGGAGGUGUGAUUCGAAUUGACCUGGAAGGCUUUGAUUCAGAUAAUCGUAAAGGCCAAAAGCUGCUGAGUUUGUUUUGACUUCAUCUGAUUUGUCUUUGUUUUUUAUUGUCAUAUAUACUCGUUCUAAGAUUUGUUCACAUGCAAUUUCUCUAUUAAAUGUGAUUUGUUCUUGUUUUCUCUGCAGCAUUUAACUAGCAACCACCUGGUAUUUUUAAUGACUUAAAAAGGGAUUUUCAUUUCAUGUUAGUGAUGUCUCAUGGGUUAAGACCUCUUGACCAAAAGGAACAUAAUCAUGUGUUGCAGCACUGAGAUUGUUUUCUUAUGAUUGGACUGUAUUGCUCAGGGUUGCUUUAAUAUGCACAGAAUAUUAAGUCAGCGAGUGGGAAAUGGAUGAAUCUGUGUGCCUUCAAUAUUUGUUUUUAUAUUAAAAUUGGUUACUGUGGCUCUGUUUUACUUUGACUGAGAUUUAUGGACAAAAUAAAUUAGGAACACAAAUUUCCA